GUUUGUGUGUUCAGUCAUGAUGGCUUCCUUUUGGCAAGGUGCGCUUCUCUUGAGUCUCAUCACUAUUUCAGUUUAUGCAGACAUGAAGCUGGACUGUAGGCUUGAUUUUGUGACGCUGGUGUGGACAGAGAGCAGAAGCCAUGUCGACUUGUCCCUCUUUCGUCUUGGUAGCUGUUUCCCCACCAGCAUCACGGCCAGGGAGGUUGUUUUCAGCGUGGACUUCAGUGACUGUUACUUCAGCAGACUGGUCACUGGGGAUCAUCUGAUAUACGCCAACAACCUGACCUACAUUUCUACCCCCGAGUCUCGUAUACACUCCUUCAGUCACCCAGUUGCUUGUACAUAUGAUAGGCCUAAAGACUGGUACCCAUUCAUUUACCAACCCGUGUUUAACACGCAUGGUCAAGGAGAUCUAGUUUUCCAUGCUGGACUUAUGAACGGUGACUUCUCAGGACCUGCUGUGUUGACAAGUUUCCCUCUGGGCUCCUUCAUCCCAAUCAUGGCCAGUGUGGAGCAAGCGACCCAUCAGCCGUUACUGCUGCUUCUUGAGGAAUGUGUUGCUGCUGCUACACCAGAGCUGCACCCUGAAAGCAACUUGCAUACAAUAAUCACAAAUAAGGGAUGUCUUGUGGACAGUAAGAUCUCCCUCUCAAAAUUUGAACCAAGGCAGAAAUCAUCUGAGAUCAAACUAUCCCUUCAAGCCUUCAGGUUUGGUCUUGGAGAACAGGUGUAUCUCCAUUGCAAACUUGUGGCUUGGGAUCCCAUGGGUCUAGACAACACAAAGAAGGCCUGCCACUAUGUCAGAGAUCAGGGCUGGGAGCUUCUGGAUAACCCUGAAUACAGCAAUCUGUGUGACUGCUGUGACUCAAGCUGCGGGUCUAGGAAAAUAAGGAGCACAGGGUUGGGUAAACUUGGUAUUGUACAUGGAGCAGUCCUUGGGCCUUUCACCAUCACAGAGUCCUGAAGCAACCAAGUGACGCUGCCUGGUUUUUGACAUUGCACAAGAUUUAUUUGUGCUUUGAACUUUAUUUUCCCCUCUGCACAACUGAAUCCAUCGUAUUGCCAACCUGCUUCAGUCUGAGUUUUUAGUGUUGUCAGGCUUCUAAAAGCUUAAAUGUCUGCAUUUCAGAUGUGUG